UUGAAUUGUAGACAUAUCAACAUUCCCACCGAGUAAUUCGUAUAAACUAUGGGAUUAUUUGGAUUAUGUGGCAGUUUUCCACAUGUGUAUUCCCUCCAUGAUGCAAACAUGUGAGAGCUACUCGCCUAGGAAUAGGUCCGACAGGGCCGAUCGUCGGCGCUUGGGGGCACCUGCCAAGGAAGUUCUGCCCCGUAAUGUCUUGCCUGUGUUGUUACCACUUCUAGAAAUGUCAUCAAGGAUGUGUUUUUAUUCACACGUGUGUCAUACAGAAAUAAAAAAUUAAUGGGUAACAAGUGGAAAAUGUUACUUGGGCGUCCAGUAUGAUGCGAAACAGACUGCAACCCCCGCCCAAAGCCCCUCCCCCAGCUCUGGAUAAAGAUUUGCGACAUUCACAUUGGAGUAAACAAAUACACGAAACUAUAGCCUCGGCGCAACACGAAGAAAGUUUAACGACCGUAACUCUGAAAGGAGGGGCGGAUAGUGGGCUGUUUUGCUAUUUGGGCGACAUUAAUCACGAAAAGAUAGCCUAUCAUGGGGAGAAACUGCACAAAGAUGAUAUCGUGGUGGAGGUACAGGGCCAGAAGGUGUCGGGAUACACACUACGUGACGCAAGCCUCUGGCUGAAGCAGGUCAGUCAAAAUGGAGCCCCUGUGAUGAUCAAGACUGUCCGCUCAGGACUGUUACCGAAGGAUCUUCGAGUGUUUCUGAACGCGCGGUUCCAGAAGGGAUCAAUAGACCAUGACCUUCAGCAGACGAUCCGAGACAACCUGUACAUGCGCACCGUGCCCUGUACCACCAGAAAACCACGGCCAGGGGAGGCAAAUGGAGUUGAUUACACCUUCUUGUCCAUGGAAGAGUUCCUUGCCCUUGAGAAGAGUGGUGACCUCCUGGAGAGUGGAAUAUAUGAUGGUAAUCAUUAUGGCACACCCAAACCACCGCGGGAACCCCAAGGGCCAGUCCGGCGCACUAACUCGAUCGCACAGCUUCCCAGCUACCACCCGUUCACUGAGGGCCGCCGGAAGCGCACCCGCAGUACCAACGAGUCUGGCACCUCCCCGGAACCAUUCAGCGAGGACCAGCUGCCGCCCCCAAUGAGCAGGAAGAAAUCCCUGGAGCGCGCUCAUAGCUUGUCCAACUUGGGGCCGUUACCUUCCAACUGGGAGAUGGCCUUCACGGAUGAUGGGCAACCGUAUUUUAUAGACCACAACAAUGAAACAACUCACUGGUUGGACCCGCGACUUGCUCACCUGCGGAAACAGACCCCCGCUGAUUGUCAAGAUAACGAACUGCCAUUUGGCUGGGAGAAAGUGGAGGACCCACAUUAUGGAACAUACUAUAUUGAUCACGUCAACAGACGGACACAGUAUGAAAAUCCUGUGGCUCUAGCCAAGAAAGAAGACACCAAUGGGACAAGUACACUUCCGCGGUUCAAGAAAGCAGUGGAAUCUAACAAGCGUUCACAGAGCGAUUCAGAUAUGAACGGGCAGACAGUCGUUCCAGGCUCUCAGAAGCCGUUCUUCACGAAGAAUCCCGCGGAACUGUGUGGCAGCUUCAUCCGCACAUCGCUGAUAAAGAGCGUGCGAGGGUUUGGCUUCACCAUCAUCGGCGGGGACAACGUAGAUGAAGAGUUCCUGCAGAUUAAGAAUGUCGUUCCCAACGGCCCCGCCUACAAGGACGGCAAAUUACAGACAGGUGAUGUUCUAGUGUACAUCAACAACAAAUGUGUGCUUGGUUACACGCACCAGGAUGUCGUGGGGGUCUUCCAGAACAUUCCUCCUGGAGAGACGGUUGUCCUUGACGUCUGUCGCGGCUACACCCUACCGUUUGACCCCAAUGACCCCAACACGGAGAUCGUCACCACAGUGGCCGUGACCGUACCGCAGGACGCCAACACGUCAAACACACCCUCCCUGUCCAGCAUCCCCCCUGAAGCUCUCAACACUUCACAACGAAGUAUGAAGUCCCUGCCAGACUUGGCGCGGUCGGCUAGUGCGCAUCAGAACCUGAGUUUCGGUCAGAACAGUAUGCCGGGAGAUUUUGGUGGUUCGGAUAAUGCCCCCGAUGUGUUGAACAUGAUGAACAGCAAGGCGGAGAGUCUGGUGAUUAAUAUUGUGCGUGGCCCCAUGGGCUUUGGAUUUACGAUAGCCGACAGUCCGUACGGACAGAGGGUGAAGCAGAUACUGGACCGACCUCGGUGUAAGAACCUGAUGGAAGGAGAUGUGUUGGUGGAGAUUAACGGGACAGUGGUGCGGGACAUGUCUCAUGCAGAAAUUGUUAAUGUGUUAAAAGAGUGUCUGGUAGGGGAGGAAACUGUGAUUAAGGUUCAAAGGGGAGGUGUUCCAAUGCACAGGCCAAAAAAGCCAAUCAAACUUUCAAAGAGUUUUGAUGAGAAGUUGCGACCUGGGGUAGAGCCAGCAUUCACGAAUCAACCUGGUGCUUAUUUCUUCAAUGGAGAACAGCGGGAUUUGUCCGGUCAGAAUGAAACUGGAGAUUCCGAUGAUGUUGACGCUGAUGUGACCCCGAGGAGUAAAACUCCGACAGUGGACUCCAGGUCAAAGACGCCCACCAUUGGUGUCGAUCCACAGUCGAGAAACCUUACAGACAACCGGCCCAAAACGCCAACCCGAAGCUAUGGAAUUAGUAUUGAGAACAAAGGCAAACCGCCUCCGGUCGCCAGCAAGCCAUCGUUGGCGAGUGUUCAGAACAGGAUGCAGGAGCUGCACGUGAAUCGCGACUACAGCGCGUACGGUGACCACGUGCCGGAGUUCGAUGGCCGCGACCACGAUCAUUCCAGGACAGAGUUUUACAAUUCUGGAAACUACGAUCACACAAACUCACGCCCGCCCCCGGGGCCGCGGUUAGAACAGUACCGCGUCAGUGAUUCUUUGUUCCGUGGGGAAGUGCCACAGCAGCAGAGACAGGAUUACCGUGGGGGUCCUUAUGGGGGGCAUCCACGAUCCAACUAUUCUAUGCAAAAUUCUUUCAGUGAUAGGAGGGAAUUAGAACGGGAUAGAUUCGGUUACGACCGCAAUGACAUUGUGAAACCCGGACAAUUCCGGAGUCGGACUCCUGGACCAGAGAUGAUGGCUCGGGGCGGACCCGGGCCGGAUUACCGGGAAAUCAACCGACCAAAAACUCCCACUGCUCAAGAUAUGAGGAGUAAAACACCGAACCCGACCUCAUUUCAGAACUCUGGUGACCUCCGACCCAGCGGCGGGAGGUAUACCCCCAUCUGGGAAUACGGGAGGUCGUUCCGAGGGCCCCCCGCUGAAAUAAACCGUCCAUGGGCCGGGGAUCUGCGGUCACCACAGGUUGGGCGUCGAGUCGAACCCCACGAAAAUUCCAUUCACGAACGGAACGAGUUACCACGAGAACCCUUCUAUCCGAAUCAUAACUCCCCAGGGGGCGCUGGUCGUCCUCCAAGACAGAGCACGUCGUUUGAGACGGAGGACCCAAUGCCGAGUAAUAUCACGCGAGUGCCUCAGAGAUAUGCGUCACAGUCCUUGGCGACGUUUUCUAAAACGGGAGGACAUUCUCCGAAAAGUGCUGAGGGCUACCAGGACAGGUGGGAAGGCUAUCACUGCGUCGACAUGAUCGUGCACCUACAGAGGCAGGAGAGCGGAUUCGGGUUCAGGAUAGUUGGUGGCACGGAAGAAGGAACACAAGUGUCUGUUGGUCACAUCGUCCCAGAAGGUGCCGCGGACGUGGAUGGUCGACUGCGUACCGGUGACGAGAUAACGGCGGUCGACCAGGUGUCGGUGCUCAACACGUCACACCGCCGCGUCGUACAGCUGAUGGGUGCCGCGGCCAGGAACGGGCGAGUCACGCUGGCUAUUAGGAGGUGGAUCGGCCCAUGUUCAGAUCUGAACACAACAGCAGCGUUCCCGUAUGACGUGAAUGUGACGCGGCGGGAGACAGAAGGUUUUGGGUUUGUAAUAAUUUCCUCUGUGACGAAGUCGGGGACCACCGUAGGUGAGUUCAUUGGUCGUAUCCUGGAAAACAGUCCUGCUGAGCGGUGUGGGCGUCUGCACGUGGGAGAUCGGAUACUCGCGGUCAACGGCACAGACAUCACACACAUGCAUCACGAAGACAUCGUCAACCUCAUCAAGGAGUCGGGCUAUUCUGUUACCUUGACGAUUGGACCGCCACCAGGCAAAAAUUCAGAAGACUCUUCCAGCUCAACAAGUACAUCACAGAGGGGUUCCAUGAUCAAUGCAAUGGCCUACCCAGCAAUGAAUGAAUCAGACGAAAUAUGGAGGCCUGAGGUGCCCCCUCACCACCAGGGGUGGGACAGGUAUGGACCUCCUCCUGCUGGCCCAAAAGAUAUGAAUAAAUCAAAGAUGCAAAAUCAAUCUGACUUGGACACCUUGCAGGAACCAGAGGAGGGUGAGCUCUACACCGUCGACCUGCAGCGAGGCUCGCGAGGGUUCGGCUUCUCAAUACGCGGAGGUCGGGAGUUUAACAGCAUGCCACUGUUUGUUCUCAGAAUAGCAGAGGGGGGAGCCGCUGAUGUUGAUGGAAGACUCCGGGUGGGCGACCAGAUCCUGGAGAUCAACAACUACCAGACAGACAGCAUGACGCACACGGACGCCAUUGACAUCAUCCAGAAUGGAGGCAACGCCGUCCACCUGCUGGUCAAGAGGACCGGCAAACCACCACCGGCCUUCGAUGGUUCUCCCGCACAAAUGGGUCGCUAUCCCCACCAUCAAGGAGUUGCCAUAGCAAAUGGACCAAUCAGUCACAGUUCACCGCACAUGGGUAGGCGCCAGCUUGGACCUCGAGAAGAAUACUUUCAGAACUAGCCGGAACACACAGCAGCAGUUUUAGAAUUGACAGCCAGCAAUAAUGGAAAAAUAAACUGGAUGUUUCAGAAUUACUAGACAUUAUAAAGUACACUGGAAAUUUUAGAAUUUCUAGACAACCAGUGCCAUUAUGAAAAUAGACUGAGAUAUUCAGAAUAAGUACCGCCAACCAGUCAGGGUUGUCGAACUAGACUGGUAGUUUCAGAAUAACUACAGACAACCAGUCAGGUUGUCGAAAUAGACUGGCAGUUUCAGAAUAACUAAUGACAACCAACUAGUCGGGUUGUCGAAAUACACUUGUUGUGUCAGAAUAACUACUGGCAACCAGUCGGGUUGUCGAAAUAGACUGGUUGUGUCAGAAUAACUACUGUCAAUCAGUUGAGUAGUUAAAAUAGACUGGUUGUGUCAGAAUAACUACUGUCAAUGUCGGGUUGUCGAAAUAGACUGGUUGUGUCAGAAUAACUACUGUCAAUCAGUUGAGUAGUUGAAAUAGACUGGUUGUGUCAGAAUAACUACUGUCAAUCAGUUGAGUAGUUGAAAUAGACUGGUUGUGUCAGAAUAACUACUGGCAAUCGGUUGUGUUGUCGAACUGGAAAGGCAGAUUGAGAAGAAGUAGUAACAGCCAAUCACAUUGCCAGUGAGUUGAAAUAAACUCGAGAAUGCUUCCACUGGAACAGUGCCAAACUGUUCCAAAAUCAAAUUCCGAACCAGGAUUAGAUUGUGCUGACCGAGGAAGAAAGGAUAUUUCAGAAUGAAGUUUUGUUAUUUUAAUAUAUGUGUUGCAUCUGCUGAAGUAUGCAGCAUAAAUAACAUAAGAUGGCCAUGGCAACAGUGAUGUUUAUAUAGACAUGUUGCAUGCACUAAAGGAUGUCUAGAUUGACAAAACAUGAUGGCCACAUUAUAUAACAUGCUCCAGUGUGGAAAUAUUGUAAAAUAAGCCUGUCUGAGUUUCUAGUUUGAUGAAAUCUACAUGGACAAAGAAAAUGAGGAGAAUGCAAAAACUAUAUUUUUGCAAUGCAUUGUAAUUAGUAAAAAAAUCACUAAAACUUGGUUAUCAUAAAGAACCUGUGAUUGCUUUGUAAUUUGCCAAGUAUGCAAAUUAGUUUGCUAUUUUUAACUUUAGAUUGUGAUGAGAGGUAAUAAGUUUUGUUUGAUGAACCAUGGAUGCAGGAGACUACAAUUUUGGAAAUAAAAAUAAGAGAUGUUUUAGGGAAUUGUGGGUAAUAUGAAUGUUAAAGAAUAGUUUAUAAUGUUAAUUGUUUGUAUCUUUGUAGAUAAAAAGUUUAGCUGAAUACAUGGUUUAAACACUACUAUGGGCGAACAUGGCAAAUCAGUGACACUAAAUUUAACCAUCUCUUACUGUCAGGAACUUAUUAUUAUUAUUUGUUUUAAUUUAUUUAAUAAACUGAUCACAUCAUGUGUACUCAAUCAUCUUGAUGUUAUGCGAGAUUAUAUCCGUAAGUAUUUGUAUUUAGGUCCGUUUUUCAAAGACUAAGUACUAUUUUAAAAACAAAUUUCAUGAACCUGACAAAAAUAUCUCUAGUCACUUGUUCACCAUAGGUAAAUGUUGUGAAAUAAAAUAACAGGCCAGAUCCAUAUUUUCAAAGCUAUCUUAGCACUACAAAAUUGUCAAACCAUCGUAAGCUAUGACAUCACUAUGAAGUGUGCUGUAGUGAACUAGCCUACGAUAGUUUUAUAAUUCUGUAGGCCUAAGAUAGCUUCGAAAAUAUGGGCCCAGAUAAUUACAAAAUGGAACAGUUGUUAACAUGCUUUUAAAAAUAAAAAGUUUUAUGAGUAUUUAAUAAUUGCAUCAUUGUGCAGUCACUGACAUUGUUUUUAAAAUUAAAAUAUUUUAAAGGUGAAUGGUUCAACGUUUGUAUUAAUAUAUAUAUUUUUUAUCAUUUCCCAAGCUGUUGCUACUUCCACCAAUUAUGUAAUUAAUUUUUUACCACCACAAUAUAUGGAACAAAUUGUCACAUUGUAUAGAAUUGCACAUUGUAUAAUAUCAUCAUUAUUAGACAUAACGGUAGAAUUUAGUGUACAGUGUAAUUAUAUGAGCAUGAAUGAAUUUUAGAUUUUUAUUGUGGCUGUUUUUGUCGUUUUAGAUAGCACAUUUAUAUUCUAUUUUUAUGUGAUGAAGAGUCUCAGAACUUCAAUUAGGGUAUUCAUUGUUAUUAAUACAUUCAUUGUAGUUAUGUAAAUAAGUUAUGCAAAUAUUUUAUCAUAAGCAUUUACAUUUUUAUGCAAUAUGUAAAAAAACAAAAAACAAUGAAUGUAAAAUGUAUUACCAGAAGCUGAAUUGUUACUGUUUUUCUUUUUACUAAAACAUCAUCAUGAACAUUUUAAUUCCGUUGCAGUUUUAUGUUCAGUUAUAAAAAUGUAAACAUUUUACAUUGUUUUUUAGUUUCUGCAGUCACUGUUAAUCAUUUUUAACUGUCAUCAAAUUAUAUUCGUCAGCAUUCAACAAAAUUCUAUUUUAGGUGUUGAAAUAUACAUCAAGUAAAAUAGCACUGCAUUAUGUUAAAGUUGUAUUGUAUUAAUGCUGGUUUAGUUUUCACAAGUUUCUGUUGUUAUCAUGUGUACAUUAUUUUCAGAAAUGUCAUCUCAUACAACUGUUGACUAUCAUGACAUCAUAAUGAUAAGCAUUCGGCUUUAGGCAACUGUUUACAAUUUUAGCAGAACACUGAAUAAUUUAUAAACACUUGACUAUUUGUUUUUACCUGAAGUAAAAACGUUUGCAAUGAAAUACUUAUUAAUUAGUACAAUUACUCUCGGUACUUUCCCUCAAAAUACUAAGAUUGAUGAAUUAAAUAUUUAUUAUUUAUUAUUUAUUCUGGUAUGUGGAAUUUAACUCUGAAUUUAAAAUCAUUAAUAGAAGUUUUUAACUUAUAAUUAUAGUUUGUAAUUAAGUCUUUUGAACCUAUUUUGUUCAACGUUUUACAAAAAUAUAUUAGAUUUUAUGCAUUUAAACAUACUUUAAGGUUGUGCCUUGACUUUGUUGGGUGGUACCUACCAACAAAUUUGCAUUCGUGAGAUAUUGUACAUCGAAAAUCACUUGUUUUACUGUGCACGUUUAGAAUGAUACAUUUUUAGGGAAAAGAGGAUAAAUUUUGUUUCUAUGCAUAUAUUAAUGGACUAUAUCACACCAGUGGGUAGAAUGUUUUAGCAGUAAAUGUUUUAUAAUUUCAGAUUUAUUAUUUUAUUCAUCAUAUUCUGAUGGAAAGCAAUAAGGGAACAUACGAGGAAUAAUAGCAAAUAUUGGGUGCAAACAAAACUUUCAUCCAUAGUGGCAAGAAGCUAACCAUGUUACGGACAUUCCACCCCAUGUUAGUGACAGUCAGUCACACAUUAUAUAUUAGUCCCCUGCUGGUCCAACAGGAGGGGACUAGAGGUUUCAUCUCCAUCCUUCUGUUUGUCUGUCUAUCCAUCUGUCCAGAAGUUUACCAGAUGUUUUUCAAAAUGCUUUGAGAUAUUGAUCUAAAACUUUGUGUAUAGCUUUAUCAUGUACCAUUACAGAUCAAGUUUGAUUUUUGUGGCAAUUUACCUAUUUUUCACAGAGUUAUGCCCCUUGAGUUUAGGAGAUACAAAAAAUUGUUCAGCCUGGUAAGGGACAUUAAUUGAUUUAGCAGUACUCUGAGAAUGCUCGUCUUAUACAGACUACUACUUUAGUAAAAAUAAAUUGCCAUGUGUUCCCUCAUUUCUUCCCAUCAGUAUAUAAUGUAAUGUUAGUGAAAGUGUUCACAUAAAUACUUGUUAAUUUACAUAUA